AUGUCUGAAAAUAUCGAACCAGAGCAUUUUGUUGGAGAUUUAUGUGAUAGCCAUGAAAGCAGUACAAUUUCAAAGGCAACUGAAUCGAUAAACUUGACAGAAAAUAUCGAACCAGAGCAUUUUGUUGGAGAUUUAUGUGAUAGCCAUGAAAGCAGUACAAUUUCAAAGGCAACUGAAUCGAUAAACUUGACAGGCAAUAGUCUCGGCAAUAGUUAUGAAAGUAAAUUUCCAAACGAUCCAUCAAAGAUACCAGAUAAUAUUUCCCAUACUUUACUUCAUUAUUUUAUGGAAAUGGGACCAUGUCAACCUAGCCCAUUCGAUCUGCUCAAUAAUAUAUAUCCAAAAUCUUUGGAUUCAAGUGGUUUUUCUAGAUCAUUUCAUCAAUCAUAUUUUCACAAAUCACUAUCAAAUGGAAAAUUAGUUAAAAGAAUCUGGUUAUCAUACUCACCAAUCUUGGAUAAAAUUUACUGUACUACAUGUAAAUUGUUCGGUUUAUCGAAAAUAAAAAAAAAUAAAUUUGUUACAAAUGGCUCGAAUGAUUGGAAAAAUUUGAAGCGAACAAUUGAAGUUCAUGAAUCAAUUCCUGAACAUUUACAGGCUGAAAUAAGUCGGGGCCUUUAUAUUGCAAAUUUACGGUUAGAUUUAACUUUACUUCAGUCUGUUAAUAAUCAAGUUGCUACAAAUCGUGAGAUUGUUCUAGCUGUAAUUCAAAUAUUAAUAUAUUGCGCUCGUCAAAAUAUUCCACUUCGUGGUCAUGAUGAACAAAUUACUUCACAAAAUCGAGGAAAUUUCUUAGAACUAGUUAAACUAAUAAAAAACCGUUUAACGUUUUUAUCCAAUAGAAGUCAAAAUAAUUUAUUAAAAAUAAUUGGUGACAUGAUACGUACCAAUAUUCUAGAUCAAGUAAAAAAAUCUCAAUUAUUUGCUGUCAUAAUUGACACUACUACUGAUAUUUCAAACCAGGAACAAUUUUCUUUAGUAUUAAGAUAUGUUAAUGAUGAUGGUAUGAUAGAAGAACGAUUGGCUGCUUUAGAAACGGCAACUGAUGGUACUGGUAUGGGACUAUUUCAUGCUUUUAAAAAUAUUACUGAAAAAUAUGGUAUAAAUUGGAGGGAAGAUUUGUGCGCUCAAUCGUAUGAUGGUGCUGCAUCAAUGCAGGGAGAAUAUUCCGGGUUAAGAACGUUAAUUCAAAAGGAAAACCCUAGAGCUUUAUACAUAUGGUGUUUUGCACACCAACUAAAUUUAGUGAUAGUCGAUACAUGUGAUUGUUGUGAAGACACAAGAAACUUUUUUGGUGAAGUGCAGUCAUUAGUAGCAUACAUGCGAGCUAGAAAAAGAACAGCUGUAUUUGUAAAUUGUCAAAAAGAAUUGAACCCAACUGAACGAGUAAGACGGUUAAAGCACUUUUCUGAUACAAGAUGGGCAUCACAUGCCUUAAAAUUGGUAGAUUCAUGUAAAGUAAAGUUAACAGGCAUGCGUUCUGAAGAAGAAUGUGAUUCAAUUAUAAAUGAAGCAAAAUUAUUUACAAGAACUCAUAAACUUGAUGAUGAUUUACCAAGCAAUUUUAAAUCAGUGAGGAUGAGGAAAAUAAAAAAAAUGCCCGGUGAAAAUACACAAGACCAAAUUCCUGAAUCACCUAUUGAAAGGUAUAGAAAAAAUACAUUUUAUAAAGUUCUUGAUCACAUUAUAAUGUCAAUAAAUUCACGAUUCUCCGAUGCAAGGGAAAUUUUGAAGGAUUUAUGUCUUUUAUCACCUGAAAGAUUAUUAAAAUUUUCUAAAGAAAAAAAGCCACUUCCAGUAGAUUGUUUUAACUAUAUUUCUAAUUGGGUAAAAGGUAUUGAUACAGCAAGUUUAAGAUUAGAAUAUAUCCAAUUUAGUAGUAGUUUAAGUGAGUUACUAACUGGAUUAAACUUGACUACUAAGUUACAUGGGGAUAAUAAUAAGUCCAAUUACAAUGAGCCACUUAAUGCAAACAUUAGUAGUGAUGACGAUGAUGAAGAAUUUAAUGACAUUUCUUUUGGCGAAGGAACAGAAAAUGCAAUUAAUAUUGAGACAAUUCUUCAUGUACUUUCUAAUUACACUUUAGUGGCUGCUUUUCCAAACUUAUAUCAAGCUUUUAAAGCACUUGGUACUAUACCAGCAUCGUCUGCAUCAGCUGAACGUUCUUUUUCAAAGGUAAUACUUUCCCCAGAUGACAAAUUUUAUAAUGAAAUAAAAGAAACUUGA